AGGCAAUAGAAAUUUCAGGAAACAGAGAAGUUUACUUAACAGCUACCAUAAAUGAGAACUGUGGCAGACGUUUAUUUGUCGCAGCCAAAUUCCCAAAUGUGGCAUGCGAACUGGUCGUCAAUUAUGGCUGUAUAGCUGCUCUUACUGUAAACAGCAGGUGUGGCAGUGUUAUUGUCAACUUCAUAAUGUACUUUAACGAAAGUGUAGCGAUUAGCGCGGUGUUGACUUCACUGAAGAAUGCUGCAGAACAGAACAAAUUCGGGGUCUUUAGUGUAAACUCAGCCUCGAUCAAACAAGUUUCUUUACCCACUGUGCCAGGUCCGGAGGAAUGUAACUGCCCAUGUAACGACGUCUUGUUAAAGGCCAUUAUUGGUGUUCUUACCUUCAUAAUCUUUCUUCUAAUAAUUUACAUAGUGUGGCAACACAGGAAAGGCACUGUUGGAAGGCAGAGGACAUACGACGAUGAUAGCACUGAUUAUGACGUAAGUGGCAAGCUAAAACAAUGA